AAUGUCCUUCACUUGUCGUUAAUAGAAAAAAUGAACAUCGCAAAGAAAGUAGAUAUCCGUGAUUAUCUCAAAAAGCAUCCUGAUUUACGAGUUAAAGAUUUAGAUAAAGAGGCUUGGUUCUGGAGCGAUUUUUCAAAUCAAAAACAUUUCAAUCCAAAAUUAUUUAAUGAUAUUCUUAAGUUUUGGUCAAAUGUUUUGAUCGAAACAAGUAAACGCGGUUGGCUGGGCGAAGAUAUUCUUUGCCUUGAUCGUGAACAUUUAGAAGAAACAUUUUCUGUGUAUAAUGGAGUCUCUCCAGCAGGAUUUAAUUGUGUUACUCAAGAAAUGUAUCAUACAUCAGAAUUGAUUCCAGUUGAAGAAUUUUAUUCUUGUAAGACAUGGUCAGGAUGGAUCUUGCAGUCGUUAUUUUGGGGACUACAAAAAGUGGCUGGAUCCAAUAAUAUUUUAGUCGCGAAAAAGUUGGUGAUAAUGCCUACUUUAAAAGAAGCUGCAGAACGCGUCCUUCAAUAUCACGAAAAAAAUGCAGUCCAUGGAAUCACUGAUAAUUUGUUUACCUUAACUUCAUUUAAGGCCGAGUAUGCUGCAGUAGCAAUUCCGAACGUCGUAUUAUCAGAAACUGACUUAAAAGUGUUACUAUGUUAUUUAGAAUUUGAACUGAAAAUGCUGGUUACGGAAGUUUUGCAUGAAAUGUCAGAUGAGAAAAAGGAAGAAUGUAUAAUUAAAAUACGGAGCAGGAAAGAAAAAAAUAUUUCCAAACUUGAAAUUUCAGAAAUAGAUCGUGGUAUUAUUUGUAUUAAGGAAACGAGAAAGAAAUUACAUACACAAGUCGAAAGUGUUGAGGAAAAAAUUGCAGAUUUGAAUAAGAAGAUAAGUGGAUACUUGAUUCGUAAACAAAAAGUGCAAGCAAAAUAUUCCUUAAAGCAAAAAAAGAAUCUUGAAAAGAUAUUAUUAGAAAGAUUAAGUUCUUUAGGUACGAUUGAAGGGAUCCUUCUGAAAAUUGAGGGUGCUGCGAGCGAUAACGAAAUUAUUGAUAUAUAUAGCUUUGGAGCAGGUACCUUAAAGGGUGUCUUAGCUUCAGAAGGGCUCACAACUGAAACUGUGGACGCGACAAUGGACAAAUUACAAGAUGCUCUCGCAGAUCAAAAAGAAAUAGAAGACGCAAUGCAAAUAAAUCAGACUUUGAUUGAAACAUCAUUUGGAAUAGAUGAGGAAUUGGAGGAAGAACUAGAGGCAUUGUUGAAGGAAGAGAAUGCUAUAUCAACACCGGAAAAACGGCCAGUAUCUCAACCAGUUACGGAGUCUACGAGUUUUCAACCAAUCAAGGAAUCUACAGCGAAGAAAAUCGACCAACCAGACAAAACGCCUCUUUCAACUUUACGAUCAAUCUCAAAUGUUGAAGAUAAAGAACUGGAGGAACUAGAGAAAAUGUUUGCAGAGUUAGAAGCUUUACCUGCACCUAUACAUACUCCAAGAACUUCUGAUAGCAAAUCUAAACAAAGGGAAGAAACGAUUCUUACUUCGGAAUGAAAAUCAUACGCAUACUUAAUGAUAACAAUUUUAAUCUAACAAUUGACUCGUUUUGAUUCAUUAAUUAUAUCAUUCUAUUUAUUAUCAUUUAUUAUAAUGCCAUAAAAUAUCACUAUUUUAUAAUUGAUCUUUCUAUAUUCCUUGAUGUAUAGAGUAUCAUUACAUCAAAAAAGGAAUCAAUUAUGAGAUUUUAUAAAUAAUAAACCGAUUUAUGCUUAAGAGAUUUGAUGUUAAAUUUCAUUAAUACCUAAUAAUUUUUAUUAUAUUUUAUUCUAUAUAAAGUAAGUCAUUGGAUCAGG